AAGUUCUGAUAAAAGUUAAUAAAAGCGAUUUAAAUAGACACUCUUGAGGAUCCACCAAGAUAGUUGAAUUUCGAGUCCACCCGUAUAAGUGUUCACUUUUAAAUUUAAUUUAUUAACAUUUAUACAUUGAAAGAUUCUAUCAACAUUAUUUUUAUACGGAUAAAUGUCGCAAUUCUUUGACAUUUUUGAUUUAUUAAUAUUUGAAUAUCAUAUUAAUCUUAUUAUGAUAAUACUAUGUUUGCAAAUAGAUUAUACGUGUUCGUAAAUUUAGUACCCGUAGUAGUGAUCCUAGUGCCAGUAGCAGAAGUAGUACGAUCGGAUGUGUUUCAGUAUGGCCAAAAGGGACAGACAGUGACAGAAAUGCACCAAUAUUGUGGUCGAACUUUGUCAAGUACAUUACAAAUAAUGUGCGGUAGUGUUUAUAAUUCUCGAUUUAAAAAAAGUAAUCAAGAAAUGGAGAUGGAUGAUUAUAUGGCAUUUUAUGGUUACGAUCUAUAUCCUUAUAAAUCUAUUAAAAAUGCGAAAAAAAUGAUACGAUUUCGAAGAAACUCUAAAGGAAUUCAUGAAGAAUGUUGCCUAAAAUCUUGCACGACAGAGGAGUUGCGCUCCUAUUGCGGUGCCCGUUAAUGAGGGAAUUUUUUUAAAAUUUUAAACAUAAAUUUAAGAAAAUAUUUCCUAUUUUUUUCCUAUUUACUGGUUAUAUAAUUUUUAACAAUUUAUGAUAUAUUUUCAAUAAUUUUAUUUUUCAUUCAUGUAACAAUUCAGUAAAAUCAAAAUUACGAAUAUUUUGUAAAUGUUUUAUUUUGUUUUUUUUAAAUUAUUAUUUUAAAUUAAUAAUUUAUUUAAUUCCAUGUUAUAAAAAAAUUAAUAAGUCUAUUUUUAAUUGUUAUAUCUUAUUUUACAAUAUAAGAUAUGUAUAAAUUCAUAUCAAAUCACUUUGUUAUAAGAAAUCGGAAAAUAUGUGAAAAUGAAUUUAAUAUAUAUAAUUUAAAUAUAUAUUAUAUAUGUAUAUAUUAUGUAUAUGCAUAUAUUAUGCAUAUUAUUAAUUAUAAGAGAUUUUAAUUAGUGUGAUAAUAUUUUUUAUUAAGAAGCACAUGAUGAAAGUUUCAUAAUAAUUCAUAAUAAUUGUUAGCUUCAACUGCAACUGGUUCAAAUGACGAAAGUUAAAAUUUAUUGUAAAGUAUGAUCUCAUUUGUACUUAACCAUAUAUUAUGUAAGACAAAUUCAAUAUUAUUCAUUAAAAAUAUUUACAUACACAUA